CGGCAGCAGAGAGCGGAGAGUAGCUGAGGCAGCACCGGAGGAGGAGAGAGGACAGCGGAGAGCCGAGCCUACCAUCAGAACCCAGAUGAGCGGCCAGUGACAGCCGCAGACCCGGCUCUGCGCUGGGCACCCGGAGCGAGGCGCAGGAAUCUGUGCCGCACGGCUCUACUCCCAACUCCAUAGACUCUUUAUUUCUCAUCUUGUUUUCUCGUUAAUUCACCAUGGUGCUGGGCAAAGUGAGGGCCUUGGCGGUCUACUUUGACAGCCUGAAUGAGAACAACCUGCCCGUGUUCUCCGGCGGAGACCUGGUGUCCGGCCGGGUGGUGGUGGAGGUGACCGGGGACGUGCGGGUGAGGAGUCUGGACAUAACCGCCAGAGGAGUCGCCAAGGUCCGCUGGACGGAGUCUCGGAACGCCGGAGCGAACACGGCUUACACCCAGAACUACACGGAGGAGGUGGAAUACCUGCACCACUACGACACCCUGAUCGGAGAGGAGAGAGAUGAGGACUGUCCAGAGGAGGGGAUGACUGUUCUGCACGCCGGUUUACACGAGUUUGCUUUCAGCUUCAACCUGCCGCAGAUGGCUCUGGCCACGUCCUUUGAAGGGAAGCACGGCAGCGUGAGGUACUGGGUGAAGGCUGAGCUGCACCGGCCGUGGCUGCUCCCCGUCAAAGUCAAGAAGGAGUUCAUUGUGUUCGAGCACAUCGACAUCAACACGCCACUGCUGCUGGCCCCUCAGGCUGGUACCAAGGAGAAGACGCUGUGCUGCUGGUUCUGUGCUUCAGGCCCGAUCUCCCUCAGUGCCAAGAUUGAGCGAAAGGGCUACACACCAGGUGAGUCCAUCCAGAUUUUCGCUGAAGUGGAGAACUGUUCGUCCCGCGUCGUAGUGCCCAAGGCAGCGCUGUACCAGACCCAGACCUUCUUUGCUAAGGGCAAGGGCAAGCAGAUCCAGCAGCUGGUGUCCAACCUGCGGGGAGAUCCACUGCCACAGGGCAAGAGCCAGAGCUGGGAGGGCAAACUACUGAAAAUUCCUCCGGUGUCACCCUCAAUCCUGGACUGCCCCAUCAUCAGGGUGGAAUACGCCCUCGUGGUGUACGUGGAUGUUCCUGGUGGACUGAAUCUGUCUCUGUCGUUGCCGUUGGUGAUCGGGACCAUCCCUCUUCAUGCCUGCGCCACCCGCACAUCCAGCAUCAGCAGCAACUGCAGCAGUCUGAGCUGGCUGGGCCUGCCCGAGAGGCCUGAAGCGCCGCCGAGCUACAGCGAGCUGGCAAUAUCAGAGUCUCACAGGCGGGAUUGUCUGCAGGGCUUUGAUAGGUCUGAGGGGGAGGGAGAAGACCAGACAUCUCUGCUAACAUACAUCACAGAGUUCAGAUAUCUGCCCCCACCACUCUACUCUGAGGUGGACCCGUACCCCGACCCGGUGGAGGUGAGCGGGGCAGCCGACGUCAGGAGACCCGACAUGUGUCCGUCCCGCUGAGGAGCUCUGAGGCUUCUGCUCAAACAAAGACACCGUCACUCUUGGCUGCACAACCAGCUUCUCACCAGAUUGUAAAAGACCAUAAAUAAUCCUCUUUGACCAGGGAAGAGUCCGCCGACAGAGCAUUCGGUGACCAUGGACCAGGGAUUUCCAGCCAUGCUGAAUCCUCCAUAUCCUGUGCUCCGGACGAGGCAGAACAAACCUUCUCUGACGCCAAUGUUUGACUCUGACAGAUCACUGCUGGCGGUCAGAAGAAGCCUCCUCCUGCCUCACAGUAAAGUUUGCACAUGCCGUAAUUACUGUUUUUCUAUCAGUGGUUUUAUAUUCUGCAGAUUGCCGCAGGCCUAUAUGAUACAGUAGAUUCUGUCCACAGAUGUAAACACAGAUAUUGUUCUUGAAUGGCUUAUUUACGACAGGACAAAAGCUAUCUUCAAAUGAUAGUUUGAGCUCAGUAACCAGACUUCAGGUGGUCUCUUUUCGAGAACAAAGCUAAAUAAGAGCUUAAAAAAAGACAAAAAAUAUAUGUUUCUGAUGACAAACUGCGUCAACGACCACCUCGAGCACUAAAAGUCAAGCUCAAGUUGUGUGUGAAUGUGUGUAUGUGUGUGUGUGAGAGAGAGACAGAGAGUGUGUGUGGAUUUAAAUGACCAGGUGUAGAGAAAAAGCACAACUCUGACCAACCGAGAUAAAGUACCGCAAAUCGCCUGUUGGUUUCUGCUCUGAACUGAAGCUCCUCUUUGCUGUAGAUUUUUCCAGAUUGUGGAUGCUAAGAAGCUUCGCAAACACAAAGGCAAAGCAUAAAAGAUUAAUGUUUACAGAUGAAUAUAUCAAAUUGAGAAUGUUAUUCAAACAUGACUUCUUCCACCUAAAACUUCAAAUUACCAAGUGCAAUAUAUUUUUGUAUUUGUGAUUUUUUUUGCACUAAUUUUUCAUAUACUCUGUUGCUGUUUAUUCCAUUUCUGUGCAUUAUAUAUUAUUGUCAUGAUCUUAUUGCUGUCAUGAUCAACUUUUGAUAAAAUAAAAAGUUUAUUUUAUAAAAUAA